AUGAAUUUCAUCUCCCGCGUUAAGGAUGCUGCGGGUCAAUGGAUUGAGAAUAUAGAGGGUAUUAAGGCUUCGGUGACCAAUUUUUUUACCACUUUGUUUUGCUCCGAUCGCGAAGGGAGGGAGACACCACAGGUGGACUUUGCGGUCCCAAAACUGAACCAGUUGGAGAAUUCGGAGCUACACAAAUUGCCCACCAUGGAGGAGUUAAAGGAGGUCAUCUUCUCUAUGUCCCAGGACAGUGCGCCUGGCCCUGAUGGCUUUAGUGCAGGUUUCUAUCAAGCAAGCUGGGUGAUAAUUUGUGAGGAUCUACUAGAUGCGGUUUUGGAAUUUUUUGAGGGUGGACAACAGCCGCGGGGGUUUACGAGCACGUCCAUAGUUCUUAUCCCAAAGGUAGUGGGUGCCUCGCAAUGGAAAGAGUUUAGAUCGAUAAGCCUUUGUAAUUUUAGCUCGAAGUUGAUUUCCAAAAUUUUGGCAAACCGUAUCAAUCGGCUGCUCCCCAGGUUGGUCUCCGACUGGCAGACGGGGUUUGUGCCAGGCAGGGAAAUAGUAGACAAUAUUUUACUGGCGCAAGAGUUAGUGCUGGAUCUAGAUCGACGGCUGAAGCACUCGAACCUUAUUCUCAAAUUGGAUAUGGAAAAGACGUACGACAGAGUUGAGUGGAGCUUUCUUCUUUUCAUGCUACGCCAGUUUGGCUUCAAUGAGGGAAACGUUAAUUUAAUUUUUCAAUCCUUCUCGAACAACUGGUUCUCGAUUUUGCGUGAAGAGAGUAGAUAUUACGUGUCGGUCGGGAAUCGGGUUCCUUAUCUUGCAUUUGCCGAUGACAUCCUGAUCUUUGCCAGGUGCUCUGAGGACUGCCUGGAUGGGCACUCUGCCCUAUUUCGUAGGUGUGCCAUUCUCGAGGGGGCGAGCUACCUGUUGUUUAUUGAUGGCCUUGUGGCAAGGAUGCAGGAUCGGCUGUUUCACUGGAGCUCGCGGUUACUCUCCUCGGGAGGAGGGGUGAAAGGUAUUCAGUGGAGGUCAUGGGAUAGGUUCUGCUAUCCGGUUGACGAAGGAGGGUUGGGAUUUCGUUCGUUCGUAGAUAUGAGCAGGGCCUUUGCUUGUAAGCUAUGGUGGAAGCUACGGAAGAGAGAUUCCAUUUGGGUUGAAUUUAUGCACUUUAAGUAUAUAAGGGGGGUGCAUCCCAUGGUGGCCCAGGUUAAUAGACCGCCGCUACCCUGGCGACAGUUGGACAAGGUUCGGUCAAUCGUCGAGAGCAAAAUUCGAUGGUAUUUGGGUAGGGGGUUCGUGGACUUUUGGUUUGAUCAUUGGUUAUCCGAUCGGUCUCUUGCUGAGAUGGCGGCAGUCUCUGAUCCUCCCCAUAUGCUACUGGCGGAGUUCUACGGAGAUAAGGGGUGGAGUCGGGACAUGCUAAAUAAUUGGUUGCCGACCCACUUGGUUCAGCAAGUCCUACAAGUUCAGUUGUUCCCCGAUCAGGACGAUUUGAUGGUUUGGGGGGACUCGUCAUCGGGUUCUUUUUCACUCAAAACAGCUUGGGCAGCAGUCCGACGGAGACGAAACAUGUCGAUAGUGGAUCAACGACUUUGGAAUGCAACUAUUCCGUUGAAGAUUUCCUUUUUUGUUUGGAAGGUGCUAAGGGGCAUAGUCCCAGUCGACUUAGUUUUGCAGAAUCGAGGUAUUAAUCUAGCCUCUUGCUGCUCGUGCUGCUCGGCCCAGGGGGAAUCUUUGUUACAUCUUUUCCUCGAUGGCCCGGUUGCUGCACAGGUGUGGACUCACUUCAAGAGGAGGUUUGGGAUGUUGGCCUCUAAUUCCAAUUCGGUUUCGGCGAUGUGCUUGACUUGGUUUUAUUCUUCAUCGUGCGUUAAGUGGGACCAUAUUAUGGUGAUGCUUCUUUGCUUAAUUUUGUGGUUUCUAUGGAAGGGUCGGAACAAAGCAAGGUUUGAAGGGUUGCCCUUUGAUGCUCGAGGGGUCAUUGAUAUGGUGGAGAGCUUUGCGGUACAACUAGGACGGGCGAAGGUUUUUAAGGUGGCUCACUUCAGAGGGGAUUCGGAUGAUCCAUGGAGAGCCCUGGCUACCUCGUGUUGUACACAUGUUCAUUACUUGGCAGUUGCAUGGCAUCGUCCACCUUUCCAGGUCGUGAAGCUGAAUACUGACGCGAGUGUCUGUCAUGGCCGGGGAGCCAGGGGGGCUUGCUCCGUGACCAUGAGGGCAAGCUCAUCUUUGCAUUCUAUAAGGAUUUCGGGGAGGUAG